CGAUUUGAACCCUCGAUGGAAACGUAGUCAAUUUGAAAAUCUGAAAUUUCUAAAUUCGCUAAUUACCCAAUAAAAGUUUGUGUUGCAAGUUCAGUCGCUCAGUGAGGAUGUGUCUUAACAAGUAAUGUGAUAGUCUCCAUGGAAAUUCACAAUAGUUUUAUAGCAUAAGUGCCAUCUGGAGUCAUUUUCCAAUCAAACUUUCGAAACGCGGGAAAGUAGCUUUAAUGCUUUCUGUUGAACUGUUACAAAUUAGAAAAAUAUCUAAGAAAUCAUGUCAAGUCCUAUGAGAUCUCCAGCUGCAGAUAGUCCACGGAGAACUCCUAGAAGACAAGCUACACGGUCUCCUUCUGUUUUUGGUACUCCCCGUACUCCUCGUGCUGCAACUCGAAAUGAAGGUGACAAUAAUGUAGAAACUCCAUUAAGAUGGGGCACCAGUGGUACCAGACAAAAUCCUUUACAAUCUGGAAGUCGACCAGCUACAAUUGUUGCUUCUUCGGAACAUGAAAGUGCAUUCAGUUCCAAUGAUGCUUCUGGUCAAAUUAAUGGAUCAGAAAGUGGUUUACAAUUAUCUUCGCCAGUUAAUUAUGGCACUCCUAGUUCCCUAGGAUCAAUUCGUACUCCAAGAAGUGGAAUACGUGGUACUCCAAUUCGUCAUAGACCUGACAUUAAUACGGAUCGGCAUUUACGACAGUUUCCAUUACAAGAUCCAAUUCCAGAAGUUCCGAAUGCUGUAAGAACAUCAGAAAGCGAUACAGCAGGACCUCAUUUAGUUGUUUGGGGAACAAAUGUGGUUAUAAGUCAAUGUAAAGAGCAAUUUAAAAUAUUUUUCCAAAAAUUUAUUGAUCCUGAAGCAGAAAAUGAUGAACUACCAGAAAAUAUGAAUUUAUCAGAACCGUUAUAUCUUCAGAAAUUAGAAGAAAUACAUACUUUAGAAGAACCAUAUUUGAAUGUUAAUUGUGCUCAUGUAAAAGUUUUUAGUAAUCAUCUUUAUCAACAAUUAGUUUCUUACCCUCAAGAAGUUAUACCAACAUUAGAUAUGGCAGCAAAUGAAUUGUUCUUUGAAAAAUUUCCUGCAGCAGUUUUAGAACACCAGAUUCAAGUGCGUCCUUUCAAUGUAGACAAAAUUAAAACUAUGAGAGAAUUAGAUCCUACUGAUGUGGAUCAGUUGAUUACAAUACCUGGAAUGGUGAUCAGAGUCUCAAGAUUAAUUCCGCAAAUGCGAGAAGCUUACUUUAAAUGUAGCGUUUGUUCCUUUACGACUCUUGUUGAGAUUGAAAAGGGAAGAACUAAAGAACCAACAGUAUGUGCACAUUGCACACAUAAAUACUCUUUCACUUUAGUACAUAAUUUAAGUCAUUUUUCUGAUAAACAAAUGAUCAAAUUACAAGAAGCUCCUGAUGAAAUGCCACAAGGACAAACUCCUUAUACUAUUGUUUUAUUUGCACAUAAUAACUUAGUAGAUGCAGUUAUGCCUGGAGACAGAGUUUCUGUUACUGGAAUUUAUAGAGCAGCAACACAUAAACCUAAUUUUGAGCAUAAUUUACAUGCUAUCUACAAAACAUUUAUUGAUGUAGUCCAUUUUAGAAAGCAAGAUUCUAAACGAUUAUAUAAUCAAGAAGAUGGUAAGGAACACAAUUUUACACCAGAAAGAAUCGAAGCUUUGAAAGCAUUAUCACAAAAGAGUAAUAUCUAUGAACAAUUAGCAAAACAAAUUGCUCCUAGUAUAUAUGCUAAUGAUGAUGUAAAAAAAGGAAUUAUAUUACAAUUAUUUGGUGGAACUCGAAAAUCCUCUACUGUAUAUGGUAAACAUUUUCGACCUGAUAUAAACAUGCUACUAUGUGGUGAUCCUGGAACAAGUAAAUCACAACUAUUGCAAUAUGUUUAUAACUUGGUACCCCGAUCUCAAUAUACAAGUGGAAAAGGUUCUAGUGCAGUUGGUUUAACAGCUUACAUAACAAAAGACCCAGAAACCAAGCAACUAAUAUUACAAACAGGCGCAUUAGGACUUGCGGAUAAUGGAAUAUGUUGUAUUGACGAAUUUGACAAAAUGAAUGAAAAUGCAAGAUCAAUAUUACAUGAAGUAAUGGAACAACAGACUUUAAGUAUUGCUAAAGCUGGAAUUAUUUGUCAGUUAAAUGCUAGAACUAGUAUACUUGCUGCUGCUAAUCCGUGUGAAUCUCAAUGGAAUAAAAACAAAACAGUCGUUGAAAAUGUAAGAUUACCACAUACUCUACUUUCUCGGUUUGAUCUCAUUUUUUUAAUGUUAGAUCCACAAAGUGAUUCGUAUGAUAGUAAACUUGCAUCUCACAUGGUGUCUUUAUACUAUAAAACGACAGAAGAAACCGAAGAUGAACAAAUAGAUAAAAACGUUGUUCGUGAUUAUUUAGUUUUUGCAAAGGAACAUAUUCAUCCCGUUCUCAAUGAAGAAAGUCAACAGAGAUUAAUACAAGCUUACGUUGACAUGAGAAGAGUUGGAAGAGGACGUGGACAAAUUACAGCUUAUCCCAGACAAUUAGAAUCUUUGAUACGAUUAGCUGAAGCUCAUGCGAAAGUACGAUUAAGUUCUAUUGUCGAACCACAGGAUGUUGAAGAAGCAUGGAGAUUACACAGAGAAGCUUUGAAGCAAUCUGCUAUUGAUCCUCUAAGUGGUAAAAUAGAUAUAAGCAUAUUAACUACAGGUAUAUCUUCAGUAGCUAGAAAAAGGAAGAAGGAGUUAUGUGAUGUAAUUCAAAAAUUAAUUGAAAAGAAGGAUAAAGUUCAUAUACUUAACCAACAGAAACUUUUAGCUGAAAUAAGACAAUCUUCCGAACUGCUGAUUAACAGAGAUAUGUUUGAGGAUGCUCUAAGGGAAUUACAAGACAAUGGAUUGAUAACAAUAAUCGGCAAGAAUAGCAUCCGCAUUUCUUAAUUAAUCACACAUAUUUUUAUUAUUUUUAUAAAGGAUUUGAACAUGAUUUUUAACAUAUGCGUUAAACGUAAUGAAUCAUUAAGAAAUUAGUUUUACACACACACAUACAUAUAUAUGUACAUGCAAGUUUUUUUAUUUCCUGAAUUUAUAUUAAACAUAUUUUUAUAAUGUCAAUAAACUAUUUUGUCAUUGCCUUUUUGGUUGUUUUACGUCUUUACUAUUCUACUAUAUUGCUCAUUUUACAAAUUCAAAUGUGUAAGUCCGGAUAUUCGAAUUGAGUACUCAUAUCCGGUUCUCGAAUCGAAGUUCGAAUUAUGACGAGCACUCCAACUCCCGAGUAUUUAGUUACCUGAUCGGUAGGAAUUACACAGGACCGUAAAUUAUUCAAUACAUAUUUUUGUUUUAACGUAAAACUUUAAAAAUCAGUGUAUUAUAUUACGAAUUAUAUUACGCAAACGUAUAUCAUAAAAUUUCCGUAUUUUAUUAGAACAACAUCCACAAUUGUUAACUUAACGCAU